UCAAAACUCAAACAAAACAUUGUAUUUAUAGUGAAAAAUUAAGGUGAUGGUGCAUAGCGUUUUAAUCGAUACUUAAUAAAUUUACAAAGAUCUGCGAAGCCAGUAUGCAACGAAAUCUAACGCAAUCUAAGGAAGCUCUUCUCAAAUCAUACAACACUAGAUUGAAGGAAGAUGUUCGUAGCAUGCUGGAGAACUUCGAAGAAAUCGUCCGUCUUGCCAAAGGAGAAAAUGAAACGCAGUUAUCGAAGAUGACUCAAUGUGAGCAGGACACAUACGAAAUGCAGGUUCGAGCUUCGAAUAUAGUGCGCGCAGGUGAAUCUCUGAUGAAGCUGGUUUCCGAUAUCAAGCAAUAUCUGAUACUGAAUGAUUUUCAUUCGGUCAACGAUGCAAUUUGUAGCAGUUCUCAGCUCUACCGGAGUACUCAGAUGGAUCGUGAUAACAAACUGAUGGCGGUACGGGACGAUAUGGCAGCGGAUUUAUACGAUCUGGAGGAGGAGUAUUAUACGAGUAUGUACAAGUGAGGCAAGGAAUAAUUGUAAUACACACGUUUUAUUUAUGAUAAAAA